AUGGAGAUUAAUGGUAUUGAAGUGAUGACAGUAAACUCCAAUGAUUUGCUAUACUUUGAAAACAGAAAGAUACAUAAGCAGCAGUUCUCAAAGGAUGUAGAGAGCUACUUUUAUUAUAUGAAGGGAUUUUAAGAUUAUAAACUUCCAUAGAGUGCGGAUUCUCUUGGUGAUUUUGUAAACAGAAUGUACAUUGAAAAUAGAGCUUAGAUUUUUAAUAAUCAGCGGUAGAUAAAAGAACCAAAUUUUGAUUUUAGAGAGAGUAUUGGCUUAUCUUUUAAAAUGAAUAGCUAAUAUCUUUAUGGACUUCCAGAGAGAGCCGAUGAAUUUUUACUAAAAACUACUGAGAAGGCUCAACCAUACAGAAUGUAUAACGUUGAUUAUUUUGAGCAUAGAGCUUUUCAUCCUUAAAAUCUCUAUGGAUCUAUACCAUAUCUUACAGCACACACUGAUUAAUUUGACUCUUCAGUUGUUUGGAUGAAUUCAGCUGAAACAUUUGUUGACAUAUUUGAUGAUGAUGAAAGUUAAAGUAGCAAAGAAUAUAAGGAUAGGCUAAUUACAUAUCUUAGCGAAUCUGGUUCUAUGGAAUUCUUCAUCUUCGGUAACUCUAAUAAAAAUGGAGGGCCAAAGUACAUUAUGUAAAAACUCGCAACUAUUACUGGAUAUUAAGCAAUGCCACCCUACUAUUCACUAGGAUUUCAUUUUUCAAAAUGGGAAACUAUUAGUACUAAAUCUUUGAUCGCUCAACUUGAAACAUUCGAUAAAUUUGAACUUCCUGUUGAUGUUUAAUGGCUAGAUAUAGAAUAUACAAGAGAUCGUAAAUACUUUGAAUUGGACGCACAUUUCUCAGACAUUUAGGAGCUAAUCGAUUUAGUUGAUUAAUCUGAGAAAAGACUUGCUAUUAUAACUGAUCCACAUAUCAAGGUUGAUAGCUCAUUUUUUGUUUAUUAAGAUGGAAUGAGUGUAACAGUAUCAGAGGAUAUGCUAGGAUUUAAAGAAAAGGGAGUUUUUAUGAGAGACUCUGAUAGUAAAAAUAUAUUCAAAGGCUAGUGCUGGCCCAAGACAAGUGUUUGGAUAGAUUUUUUAAAUGAGUAUGCAAACAAUUAUUGGGCAAGCCUCUAUAGUUAUGAUAAGUUCAAGGGAACAAGCAAGAUAUUUGGAUAUUGGGUAGAUAUGAAUGAGCCAUCAGUUUUUAGUGGAGAUGAGUUAACAAUGCCUAAGAAUACGUAUCAUAUGACAAAAGAUUAUUGGUUUUAUAAGCAUGGUGAUGUUCAUAAUGCAUAUGGAAUACUCUCUGCCAAAUCCUCAUAUCAAGGAAUACUUCAAAGAGAAGCUGAUUAAAACUUAAGACCAUUUUUACUGUCAAGAUCCUUUUUCUUUGGUAGUCAAAAGUAUGGGACUGUGUGGACUGGGGAUAAUUAGUCAUCAAGAUAUUUUAUGGCUUUGUCUGUUUAGAUGUGCUUAACAAUGGGGGUUUCAGGACUUCCAUUUUGUGGUGCAGAUGUUGGGGGUUUUAUAGGAUAUUCUCAUCCCAUCCUUCUGAAAGCUUGGUAUUAGUUGGGGGCUUUCUAGCCAUUUUUCAGAACUCAUGCUCAUAAUAGAGUCAGAUCGCUUGAAAGAGAGAUUUGGAGAUUUUAGCCAGAAGAUUUAAAGCUAAUUAAAGAAUUUCUAUACAUAAGAUAAUCUAUCAUUCCUUACAUAUCAGAAGGAAUUCUACCUUAAUAAGUAAACUGGUAUAAUUUCUUUGACUCAAAUCUUAUGCCUAAAAAAAAGAGUAGACACCAAACAAUCGGAAUAGGUGUCUUUGUCAAAGAGGGUUCGAUUAUUCCAAAAAAGUAUAUUAAAAGACUAAGUGCCAUAAGGACUUUAAGAGAUCCAUUCUGCAUUGAUAUUUAUCCAACUAUUGAAGAAAACUAUGCCAGAGGAGAUUUAUAUAUAGAUGAUGGAGAGACUUUUGAUUUCAGAAAUAAGUCUGAGUAUACUCUAGUAGAGUUUAUUUAUGAGAAAAAUACGCUUUUGAUAAAUCAAAAACAUGCUAAUUACUCAAGACCUGUAAGAGAUGAAGGUAUGGUGCUGAAUUACUUUAAAAUUUUAAAUGUGCCGAAGAGACCUUACAAGAUCAUUUAAUAUCACAAAAAUGAAAUUGUCCAAUCUCCUUACUAUUCUUGGGAUCAAAAAAAGAAGCAAUUAGAUAUUAAAACCAAAGGGAUGUAUAAGCUCAAUGAAAUAAAUGGGAUAUUUCUAAGAAUUCUUUACGAUUCUGAUGAGUAUCAAGUUAAGUCUUAACAGGAUAAUAAGCAAGAUAUUAAAUCAGAUUUGUGA